AUUCCUAGUUAUUCGAGGGUGGAGAAAUACUUAAAAUUUUACUUAAUCUCAAGAUGAGGGCGUGAUCUUUCGACGCCCUCUUAACUGACCUAUCACUGAUCAAAGUCAAAACACACCUCCUCUUACUACAUUUCCCACAAUACAGCCUCACUCGUCCUUAUCAACCCUCCGUGCAGUUCAGCAGUAGUAGUAGGUCUGCUCUGUGACAGCUGCAGUCAUUGAAUUUGUACACUACUCUAUCGGUCAUCUUGAGUCACUGCAGGGUUAAUGAAGCUAUUGGAUGUUUAUCUCUCGAUACCCUUAAACACAGCAGACAUUUGUUUUCUGAAGAACUAAGUCAGCCAUAGCGUUAGAACACACACAUAGAUGCACUUACAGUACUAGUAGUGUAGCCACAUGCUAACGACGAGCUAAAGCUACGUAUCCUGCUAACUUCUGGAAAGAAAAAUAUUCGACAGCUGAGGAUUUUUUUUAAAGCGCCGGUAAAUAAAAUAUAGCUGCUGCUCCUGCUGCUGCCUUUUGACGUGUGAGGACCCCGUGUUGCUGUCCUCUAGUGGUGGACUUGAUGAGCUCUGUCAGUAUAUAGUCCUUGGGAAUGGGGAAUGGAGUCCAGGAACAACGAGCAUCGAUCACACAGGGACAGGUGCUGCCGCUGACUUCGUCUCCACAGGCAGCUGAACUGAUGCAGACUCGGUCUGUCCUCAACUCACUCGUCUCAGGAGCUUUAGCUGGAGCUGUGGCUAAAACAGCGGUGGCCCCACUGGACAGGACUAAAAUCAUUUUCCAAGUGUCCUCAGCCCGAUUCUCUGCAAAGGAGGCAUACAAGUUGAUAUACCAUACCUACCGGAAAGAUGGCCUCCUCAGUUUGUGGAGAGGAAACUCUGCCACCAUGGUGCGAGUCAUACCAUUCGCUGCAUUUCAAUUCUGUGCACAUGAGCAGUACAAGAGGCUGCUGGGAAGCUACUAUGGCUUUGAGGGCAAAGCUCUGCCUCCAUUCCCACGAUUCCUGGCUGGAUCUAUGGCUGGACUAACGGCGUCCAUACUGACGUAUCCACUGGACAUGGUGCGAGCGAGAAUGGCUGUAACCCCAAAGGAAAUGUACAGUAACAUUCUGCAUGUGUUUGGGAGAAUCUCUCGAGAAGAGGGUCGGAAGACUUUGUACCGGGGCUUUGCACCCACCAUACUGGGUGUCAUCCCCUACGCUGGUCUCAGCUUCUUCACCUACGAAACCCUGAAGAAACACCACGCUGAACGCAGCGGUCGCCAACAACCCUACUCGUAUGAACGACUGAUAUUUGGCGCAUGUGCGGGUCUCAUUGGCCAGUCGGCAUCUUACCCUCUGGACGUGGUGCGGCGUCGCAUGCAGACAGCAGGGGUCACAGGCCACACGUACGGCACCAUCCUGGGCACGAUGAAGGAGAUAGUGUCUGAGGAGGGCGUCAUCCGUGGACUGUACAAAGGUCUCAGUAUGAACUGGGUGAAAGGGCCCGUUGCGGUCGGGAUCAGCUUCACCACAUUUGACCUCACUCAGAUCCUCCUGAGGAAGCUGCACGAGAUGGUCCACACGGGACGGUAGUGUUGAUUCAGAGUGGCACACAGGAACGGUACCAGAUUAUCCUCCACAGCUCUCUGAGGACCAACAAAGAAGAAGUGAAUUGAAAGAGGGAGUCUGCAGCUGGACAGUAGCAAACACACUGGCUCAGGAUGAUUGGGUAUUAUUUAGAUAUUCUCUCACUUUAUGUGAAACAAGGGAUGUAGGUACACAGCCUGUGUAGGCGCAUUAUAUGUGGUGGUACCUCACACAGUGGUGUGGUGUGGUGUGGUGGACAUCCACAGGCAAUAUGCUCAUUAGUUUUAUGUGUGCACAUAGGGCAGACAUAGGGCAGAUCAGGCCUGAAUGUGUGAAUAUUUAUCAAAGAGUUCAGAGGUUCACUCUCACAAACCGAUGACUCUCAACUGCCUUUAUGUGUUUGCUGAACACAGACACCCACUAAUGCAAUGCAGGUUGCCACUCUUUUCUUUUCCCUAUUAGCUUUAACAUCAGUUUUAGAUUUGGUUUUGAGUUGUUGAUGUUUAAAACCCCCUAACAUUAGUACAUCAGUCUCAUAAACUUUAAUUGGAAAUGUACCUUAACUCUCAGUUGAACAGAGAACGCAGAAAGUUUGGAUUAUUGUUGGUAACAAGCAUGACAUUUUUGCCCUUUCACCCCUCUGUCCCCCCACAGGCAUAUCUCUUUGUGUAAUUUAUAUGUGCUGCUUCUUCACUUCACAGAAACAAGUUAUACAUUUAGUUUUCAAGACUAGCAAUUUUCCAUUGAAUGUCCCAUCCAGGGAAUUACAUUUCAAAUUCAUGUUUAAUGAACCUUUAAUCUUCUGCACUGGCAUCAGGAAGUUAACUUUUUUUUUAAUCCUGGCCAAAACAGCUGAUAGAAUGACUUCACAGCUACAUCCAUUUCUUAUGUACAGUCUCCAGUUACAAUUGACAGUUGUGCUGCUCCACAUUUCUGUACAGAUGAAAAAAAAACUUCAUUUAUGAAUGUUCCAGUACAAGUUGAGCGUAUCAAAAUAUGCUGUCCCGUAGAACCCCAGGGUGUGACCACAGUGGCAGCCUAAUGUAAUCUGAUACAGCAGCUCUGCUGUUUGUUAUGUUUACACUGUCCCAUAAUAGUUGACAGGUUGAAGCCUAUGUAUUUUUAUAGACAUAAUGUGAUGAACACCAUUCUAUGGGUGAUGAACAGUAUAUGGUCACCAUCAUAUUGUGUGUCACUGCUGGUUGACAAAGACAUUCACACAGUCCUAUAGUCAUCAGACAGAUGUCUUCCAUUUACUGUCGGUAUUUCAACUGAGUGUUCAAGUGGUUUAAUUUUCACCAGUUCAUCGAAGUUCCUCUUUUAGGUUUUUUUGUGGCUUCUUUUUGGUCAGAUAGCAACAGUACAUAGAGAUAAAGCAGAGGGUUAGCACUCACACUUAGUGAUCAACUGCCCAGGGUAUUACUCCUGACAUCACUUGUUUCUUUGGUUUAAAGUCUUGUUAGCAUUUGCUAACUACACUGGAAAGAUAUUUUUAGUUCAGCUUAUUUAACAUUUUACUUUAGGCCAAAUAGUUGAAUAGUGGUUUAUAUACUGCUGGUUCAAUCCCUGGUGAUAACUGAUGGUCUGUGUAUAGAGUUUACCUGUUCUUCCAGUGUAUCUGUAAGUGUUCUCUAAUGUUCUCAAUGUACAAUACCGUAAUUGAUACAUUAUGUUACACACAUGCUGCCUUUGUUAGCCACACAAUCUAUUAAAUAUGGUCCUAGCUCGAACUUCUUUCUUCACUACACACUACCUCCAUCUCAGCAAAUCCGUAUGGUAAGCUCAGAAAUAUUUGAAAUUAUGAGAACCUACACUAAACUGUUCUCAUGAAGUAUUUCUUCUCUUCCAAUAUACAGAAGACAAUAAAACCCAGAGCAGGACCUUCCUUUUUGGUGGCUGACAGGUUUUUUCAGUACUUGUCAUUAGGAUGAAUAUGAUUGGCCAUCUUUCAUCAGUACAAACAUCACUGCUUGUUCAUUAGGCCCACACACUGCUGUAGACAGACCAGGUUCCUUUUUAUGUUUUUAUAUUCAUCUUCACCCCUUACUUUCAGUAGUGCCUCGGCAGUGACUGCAGGUGUUCUUAGACAGCAUUUUCAUUCUGCUCCUCUGGAAGGUUCCAGGGACUGAAGGCUAAGUGAAGGCACAGUUAUUGACACACAAGUGCCUGACGGGAGAAGGUUUUAAAAAUGAUGACCAAGUUUCUUCUGCUUCUAACCUUUGUGAAGGUUCUUUCCAUUUUCCUAGCCACAAUUAAAAAAAAAAAAGUACCAGAAACAGCAGGUGGUGCCGCAGAGACUGAAUAAUGAAAUUCAGUUGCAGUUUUCAUAUGUGAAUUUUUACUUAUCAGACUGCCAUGACUGAGUGAUUAACACUUAACAGGUUUUAGA